GUGUCUAAAUUGAAGUUCCUUACCUCUCUGUGGGACCCGCUGUAGCAUCUGAGCGCGUUGGAGUCUCAACAAAUAUGGGACCGCCUCUGGCCUCUGUGCAUGCUUUCUUUGCUGCUUCCGCCUCUCCUCGCCGGCGAACGAUCCUCUCCGGUCAGUUUGACGGUUAUUAUUCCGACGAGGAGUGGUUCACGGCUCCCAGCUAAGGUGUCAUAAAUCAUACUUUAGUUACCCCUGCAGCUCGUAGCCUGAGACUCCAAAAACGGCCAAUUUCCAACUGCCAGAGACGCCAGGGCAAUUCCAGCUUACUUUCACUCAUUCCGCGUUUAACUGUUUGUUUAUUUUCUGGUUUUAAGCCAGAUCUUCAUUGAUGAGUAAUAUAAACUAGCGGAACAUUUCAAGCUUCGUUCUUCAAAUUCUCAUUUUGUUUUCCUUUUGUACCUAAACACCUUCUGGUUACUUCUAGAUUAUUUUAGAAUGUCAUUCCUAAGACGCAGGAAAGCCGCCGUUGCUUACGCGCCUUCUGAUUCAGAGCAUAAGUUUGACAAACUUGAUGGUAAGGUGAAGGAGGAGAAUGUGAAGAGGAAGCGAAAAGACGAGAAGAUAAGAAAUUGGUCGUGUGUGGAUAGCUGUUGUUGGGUAAUAGGGUUUAUAUGUUCAACGUGGUGGUUUUUGCUGCUCUUGUACAAUACAAUGCCGGCGUCAUUUCCUCAGUACGUGGCGGAGGCAAUUGGAGGGCCAUUGCCGGAUCCACCGGGUGUGAAAUUGAUGAAGCAGGGUUUGACGGCGAAGCACCCCGUGGUGUUUGUGCCCGGCAUUGUGACCAGUGGACUCGAACUCUGGGAGGGCCGUCAGUGUGCGGAAGGAUUGUUCAGGAAGAGGAUGUGGGGCGGCACUUUUGGAGGACUGUACAAGAGACCAUUAUGCUGGGUGGAGCACAUGACCCUAGAUAAUGAAACAGGACUAGACCGUCCUGGCAUAAGAGUGAGGCCUGUAUCUGGACUAGUAGCAGCUGAUUAUUUUGCACCUGGUUAUUUUGUCUGGGCUGUUCUAAUUGCCAAUUUAGCCCACAUUGGUUAUGAGGAGAAAAACAUGUAUAUGGCCUCGUAUGAUUGGAGAAUCUCAUUUCAAAAUACAGAGGUAAGAGACCAAACUUUGAGCAGAAUGAAAAGUAAUAUAGAACUCAUGGUGGCUACGAAUGGCGGUAAUAAGGUGGUUGUUAUUCCCCACUCAAUGGGGGUUCUUUAUUUUCUUCAUUUUAUGAAAUGGGUUGAGUCACCUGCACCAAUGGGUGGUGGGGGCGGUUCAAAUUGGUGUGCAAAGCAUAUAAAAGCAGUCAUGAACAUUGGCGGACCCUUUCUUGGUGUUCCAAAAUCAGUUGCCGGCCUUUUCUCUAUAGAAGCCAGGGAUAUUGCUGUAGCCAGGACAAUUGCACCUGGUAUUUUAGACAAGGAUGUUUUUGGUCUUCAAACUUUACAACAUAUAAUGCAGAUGACUCGAACAUGGGAUUCAACCAUGUCAAUGAUACCAAAAGGUGGAGACACCAUAUGGGGGGGCCUUGAUCGGUCACCUGAAGGACAAUAUAACUGCAAUGCAAAGAAGCAGAAGAACAAUGAUACUCAUCAUGCAUUUCACAAUGGGAAGGAGAGUUUUAAGCUCAUCAAAAACGUGAAUUAUGGAAGACUUAUAUCAUUUGGGAAAGAUGCAGCUGAGUUACAUUCCUCUAGGCUUGAGAGGAUGGAUUUUAGGGUUAAACCUAAGGGUAGGAAGCCUGAAAAUAAAUCCAAGUGCGCCAUCUGGUCGGAGUACCAGGAAAUGGGAGUGGAGGGAAUCAAUGCGGUGGCAGAUUACAAAGCUUACACGGCUAGUUCAAUUUUAGAUCUACUUCAUUAUGUUGCUCCCAAGAUGAUGAAGCGUGGAGAUGCUCAUUUUUCACAUGGGAUUGCCGACAACUUGGAUGAUCCUAAAUACAAACAUUACAAAUAUUGGUCUAAUCCCUUAGAAACAACAUUACCAAAUGCUCCAGAUAUGGAAAUCUACUCGAUAUACGGUGUGGGGAUACCUACAGAGAGAGCAUAUGUUUACAAGUUAACCCCUCCAUCUGAGUGCUACAUUCCUUUUCAGAUUGACUCGUCAGCAAAUGAUGAGGACUCUUGUCUAGAAGGUGGAGUUUAUUCGGCUGAUGGAGAUGAAACUGUUCCAGUUUUAAGUGCUGGCUUCAUGUGUGCGAAAGGUUGGCGAGGAAUAACCCGUUUCAAUCCUUCAGGAAGCCCUACUUACAUAAGGGAGUAUAGGCAUGCCCCUCCAGCCAAUCUUUUAGAGGGCAGGGGAACCCAGAGUGGUGCACACGUUGAUAUUUUGGGGAAUUUUGCGGUGAUUGAAGAUAUUAUUAGAGUAGCAGCAGGAGGUACUGGCAAGGACUUAAAUGGAGAUAGGGUGUACUCUGAUAUUUUCAAAUGGUCUGAAAAGAUAAACUUGAAGCUCUAGCUUACAUGGAUCAGCUUGAACCCUGCCUGGUUCUCCCAUGUGCUGAGAGAUGACGAUUUUGUGGCCGCAUGUGUCGGAGGGGGUUAAGGAUGAUGGUGAUUAUAAAUGUAGCCUUAAUCCUUAGCCUCGGGGAGUGCAUAUGCUGAGUCUGUUAAACGAAAUUGUUCGUUUCUAAUCAAAUGUUGGGCGUCGCGUUCUUUUGGUCUUAAAUUGAUGUGGGUAAUAUUUUUUAUGAUGAAAUGUAUAACCUUAGUGAUUAAUUUCAAUUACUUAGCAUGAUCACUUGUAAAUAUAUAUAUAUAUAUAUAUAUAUAUCAAUUCAACCGUAUUGUUUAAAA